AUAAUGCACGAAAGUGAAGCAAAGUUUACUGUUUGUUAGAUUAUUGUUAAACUUGAAAUCAAAGUUCAAUAAUUUAAAGGUGUGCAAAACAAGUAUACAGACAUACUGAUUCAUGUAUAAACCCACUUUUUGGUCUUUCAAACAUGGCGUAGAUAUUAUCAGGAAUAUAUUCAGUGAUAAAAUAAAACUAUGCAACUCUACACAUCCAUCGUAACUUGUGUGGUUUUCAUUUCACUGGUUGGUAACGCGUUUGCUAUUGAUUGUUGGGUAUGUACAAGCGCUGAUGCUGGUUGUGGAGAAAGUAUAAAUGAGGAAACUCUACAGGAUAAUCUGAAGACAGCAUCUGGGUGUAUGGGAUGUAGUAAAACGUUUAAAUCUUUAGGGACAAUAUGGUCGGAAGUUCAGAGGAUGUGUUUGACAACUGCCACUGACACGUGUGACAACAAACUAGGUUAUGGAGAAUGCACAUGUUCAACAACGUUCUGCAAUGGAGAAAAUAAACUGUCAAUCAAACCAUUAACUGUGCUGAUGAUUUCUGUCUUUUGUAUGAUGUUCUACUUGUAAAUAGCAAAAUGUAAACCAGAGACUUAUGUCACCUAUAUUGAAUAGAGUUAUCUUUCUUUGUACUGAUUAUUUGUUUAAAUUUGUAUUGCAGGGUUAUA